AUGCGCUGGGCACCAUCCGCUGCACACCGUGGCGGCGAUGCGCGUGUUGAGGCUCCGGUCACGCUGCGUGGCUAUCUCCUCUGCGUGUUUGCCGCCUUUGGUGGUAUUCUAUUUGGCUAUGAUUCCGGCUACAUAUCAGGCGUACUGGCUAUGGACUACUUUAAGCAGACCUAUGGCCAAGCUCCCGACUACGCAAUCCCCACCUGGCAAAAGUCGCUAAUUGUCUCAAUUCUUUCCGCUGGCACAUUCUUUGGUGCGCUCAUCGCAGGCUCCGUGGCCGACUGGAUCGGUCGCCGCCCCACGAUUAUCACUGGAUGUAUCAUCUUCUCCGUCGGCGUUGUUUUUCAAGUUGCGUCGUCCUCCGUUGGCCUCCUCGUUCCCGGUCGUCUCAUUGCAGGCUUUGGUGUCGGUUUCGUCUCCGCCAUCAUCAUCCUGUACAUGUCUGAAGUUGCGCCCAAGGCCGUUCGCGGUGCCAUUGUCUCUGGUUACCAAUUCUUCAUCACGAUCGGUCUCAUGCUCGCAUCGGUCGUCGACCAGGGCACGCACGCCAUUGACAAUUCCGGCUCCUACCGUAUUGCCAUGUCCCUUCAAUGGCUUUGGGCCUUGAUCCUGGGUACCGGCCUGUUCCUGCUUCCUGAGUCUCCGCGCCACUUUGUCAAGAAGAAUCGCUUUGAUGAUGCUGCUAUCUCUCUGAGCAAGCUCCGCGGCCACCCAGUUGAUUCGCCGUACAUCAAGCAUGAGCUCGCCGAGUUAGUAGCAAACCACCGCUUCGAGUCUGAGCACAUGCAGUCUAGCUGGUUGGACUGUUUCCGCGGUGGUUGGGCACCAUCCGGUAACUUUCGCCGUGUGUUUCUUGGUAUUGCUCUGCAGAUGAUGCAGCAGUGGACUGGUGUCAAUUUCAUCUUCUACUAUGGUACCACGUUCUUCAAGCAGGUUGGCAUCAAGAACGAAUUCCUUAUCAGCAUGAUCACGACCAUUGUUAACGUCGUCUCAACCCCGAUCUCUUUCUGGACCAUUGAGAAGCUUGGCCGUCGCAUGCUUCUCAUCUACGGUGCCGUCGGCAUGCUGGUUUGCGAGUUCAUCAUCGCCAUUGUCGGUACCGUCGACGAGGGCUCUAAGGCCGCUGGCAUCUGUCUCAUCGUCUUCACAUGCUUCUACAUCUUCUUCUUCGCCACUACUUGGGGCCCCGCCGCCUGGGUCGUCAUCGGUGAGAUUUUUCCUCUCCCGAUCCGCGCGAAGGGCGUCGCUCUUUCUACCGCCUCGAACUGGCUCUGGAACUUUGUCAUCGGCUACGUCACGCCGUACAUGGUCGAUGAGGACAAGGGCAACCUCAAGUCCAAGGUCUUCUUCGUGUGGGGCGCGACUUGCACCAUGUGCGUCUUGUUCGCCUACUUCCUUGUUCCGGAGACGAAGGGCCUUUCGCUCGAGCAGGUCGAUCGUAUGCUGGAGGAGACGACCCCGCGUAAGUCGGCAAAGUGGCAGCCUAGCGAGUCGUAUGCGGAUGGGGCUGUUGACAAGGUCGAUGCUAUCACGUCGCAGAAUCUUGAGCACCGCGAGAAGGUUUAG